AUGUCACUACUGGGUAGGAUGAAGCUACCAGCUAGUGUGGUACUUGCCAACCCAUUUCUGCUCUUCUUCAAUUUGGAAGCUAUUUUAAAGCCAAGGUUUCUUCUAGUAGGAAAAAUAGAGGAUAUGGGUCUUGUUCCUCAAAUUAAAGGACCUGCAAUGCUUAGGGCAUUGAGGAUGUCAGAGAAGCGGUUCAUCGCUGCAUUCAGUACUUGUCAUCUAGAGGAUGAUAAAAUUUUGCCAGAAAGAGGACAGCGAGCAUUUAAGGACGACAACCCCAGGAACAAACAGACUUUCCACUUCAUUCCAACAACGUGCACGCAGUCGGUUAUUCCAGAAGUUCCAACCGAUGAUGUGAACUUUGAUGAUGUUGUGGAUGACUUGAAUGAUAAGGGAGAUGCGGAAGCUGCCUGUUCAUCUGCUUCAAAUCCAGGAAAACGACUACGCUAA